UAAUUAAUUAUUUUUCUUUUAGUUCGUACGCGUAUAUCAAAUCAACAAUUGGGCUGAAGAAAUGGUAUUUUUAUAUAUGCAAAAAGCUGAAACUAAACAACGUAAACAACUGAAAAAAAAUUUGGCAAAAUUUUUGAUUGUGAAAAUUACAAAGAAAUUUUAAAGCGAAAGAAAAGAAAAAAUUUUUUUAUGAAAAUUUUAACUUACGAUUAUGUGUGAAUUAAAUAUACGAUGUGUACGCAGAAAUAUUGCUAAAUAAAUACAAGAUCAAUAAAUAUUCGGAGAAAUUUGUUGAAAACCUUUAAAAAAAAAAAAAAAAAAAAACUAUUUCUAUGGUAUGGUCACGCAACAACAAUAACAAUAACAGCAGCGGCAGCAACCACAACGACAACGCAAACCCCCCAGAAUUUACGGCAGCAAUAGCAACAAAACGCAACACGAUUUUAAAGACUGGAUACUGCUUGGCAGGCUUUGCUAUUAAAAACAAAGAAACAAAAAAUAAAUAAAUAAAUAAGGAUAAAUUGUAGAGAAAAGUAGUUUGCAAUGCAUAAUAAUAGCAAUAGUUUUUCAGCCGGCCGUCAAGGUAAAGAGAAACGUUUUUCUAUACACGAUGCCUUUGAGGAGGAAACCGAUGAGGCUAUACGGGUUUAUGGCUCAACAGUGAUAUCAACACCGAUGCGUUCAAAACAACGUUCCACAGACGAUGUUUCAAUACGUAUACAAGAUCCUAAGGGCUACAAUAAAUAUAAUGAGGAUACCACAUCACGUGACAGUGAUUCGCUUAUACAGGAAUAUGGAAACAUCUCAACAGAUGAGGUGAGCACAUAUUGCUGGCGGCAUCCGAAAGUGCGUGAAAAUUGGCGUACAGUAUUGGCAGCAGUUACACUCUUGCUGGUCGGUACAGGGCUGUUUGUAAUGGGAACAUUUGCUGUUGCCGAUCCGGCCAAUACAUCGCAAGGUGUUGUAUUUUUUGUUGCCGGCCUAAUAUGCUUCAUACCAGGUGCUUAUCAUGUUGUCUACAUUUGGUUGGCUGCCAAAGGUUAUCGAGGGUUUGAUUUUUAUCAUUUGCCACUGUUUACAUAAGGUAUAAAUUGUCAGGUUAUUACGAUUUCUUUUCCAUGAAAUUCAAAUAUUUGAUAUUAAUCCAAUUACAUACAUACAUACAUACAUACACACACACACAC